AUAAUAAACAGACACUGUACCAGUUUUUUCUCUUUAUGUUCGAGAGUUAGGUACUAAGCUAAUGAAUUUUAAAAGAUGAAAGGCUAUGAUAAUGAUGUUCACAGGACAAAGAUUGGGGCUAAAUUGCGAGAUUCAGGAGCAACUAGGAAACAGAAGAAACUAUGCAAAACCUUGCAAGAAAACAGCACUUUUAGUAACACAGCACAGAAACAGGAAAUGCCAGGCUGUGGCCGGCAGAGCAAUCUCAUUCUCAAGAUAAAGAAAGGCGCUGUUCAUGCAGGGUACCCGUAUCCAUCAUCAGAUACAAUGUCAGAUACGUCCCAAGCUACAGCCAUAUCUCAAGGGGAUGUAUUCACAGGCCCACCGGAAGUCACAAAAUCAAGCAACUUUGCAUGGGCAAAGAAGCAAAGAGAUUCCAAGUCUACAUUGUCUUACAAUCCACCGAGCUCAACGAGCCAAAUUAGUGCAGUAGACUCAACAAGUUUCCCAUUUUCGAACAAUCCCUUUAGCCUAAAAAAAGAAGGCGAUCUUGAGGUCACAAGUCCAGUAAUUAGAAUGAUUCAAAAACAAUUCGAUCUUGAAGAACAGGAUUCUUUUCCUGCAUCCGAGCAGCAAGAAAACAAACUUGAUCGACCAGAUUUUAAUGUGAGGAAAGCACACCAUUCUCGCCACCGUUCAUUCCAACUUCAUCCAGACCAAGCUGCACCGGUAAGCACACAAUCCAGACCAGAUUGUUUUCGCGUGAACUCCUUUCUUGUUGCUCUCCCAAUACUAAUGUUGAUACGGUUCUGUCAGAGGAAAAUUGAAUUUUCAGGACCAUUGAUAUCUCAACUCGACAACAUAGACCAACUCUUACAAAGAAAUGAGAACCAUAUCCGUAGGAGAUCAAGGUUUGACGACACAGGUACUAAAAACUCAAUUCUGAUACCAAAAAUUCUACCUUUCAACAUUCCAUUUUCCUUGUGUGAAUCAUAAAUAAGAAACUAAGGCCUUCUUUUGGCAGAACUAUGAUGCAAAGGAGGCUACGAGGGCCCAAAAAAUCCAUAAAAUCUCUACAGCAGAGGCAUAAAUUCAAGUUUUGAAC